GCAGCUCUAUGGGGCAUUACUUUUUGGCAGUUGUUGUUCGAUUUUCAGAUGACCGCUCAGGCGCUGACGGCGACCCACUGCUUGAUGUCGAUCGCGUUCCUGAUGCUGAUCCUCUGGUGCCAGGCGGGGCUCAUGUACGUGAAGGUGAUCGGGAAGUACCUGGUGAAGGACGCGCGGGUGAGGAAGGUCGAGCCCCUGAUGCUCCUGGUGCCGCACCUGCUGCACGAGGUGGUGUACGAGAUUCGUACGGAGCAUGGCUCAAUGCCGUCUCGAUUGGUAUACCGAAUCCAUUCGGACCGUGGUUUGGAGUUUGUGAACACUACUGUGGACGAGUACCUGAGAUUCCACGGCAUCUCGCACACCACCACCCAGGGUUACGACCCUAGCUCCAACGGCGUGGCUGAGAACGCAGUGGGCCUCCUGAAGAAGAGGGCCAGGUACUUGCUCUCCGGAUCUCGCCUCCCCACCCGCUGGCGGGGCAUGUCCAUUUUGGCCGCGGCGCACCUCUACAGAGUGGACGCUGGAUAUGCUGACCCUCCGAAGGUACCAUUCGGCACCAGGGUCAUGGUCAACGUGGUGAAUGCACAGGCGGCAGGUUUUACAGAAGAGGAGCUGGUCAUCGCGAAGGCGACCUGGGACGACUACGAGACGCCCAUCGCGCCAAUGCCAGCUCCCGAGGCGGCGCUGUACGAUGCAUCUGCCGUGGAGCUCUCGCCGGGCACCGGGGCAGCAACGCUGGCGACAGCAACCUGCCCAGCCUGCCAUCAAAGACAUCAGAAACGAAAGGUGACUACCGAUCACAACCACGAGUGGGGGAAGUGCAUCUUGGCUGUGCGGCCUCCGAUGCCGGUGGCAGCCGUUCUCGAGGAAGUACUGCCGUUGGAGGCGCCGGAGGAGGACGCCAAGCCCGAGGAGAAGCCUGCUCCAGCUUUGGUUCGAGCCGAGGAGCUCAUUGACCAGUUGGACGUGGAGCCUGUGGUGGAACCUAUCUUCGGGAACGCUGCGGCAGCUGCAGCCUCGGGCUGCACUAUCAACACAUCUCCUAUUAUCGAUGUUGGAACUGGCACGGGUAUUUCCAAGGACACCAGGGACAACAUGAAUAUGUGCCCGCAUGCUCUGUUGGCACUCUCGGAGCAACCAACGCGCGGUUGCAUUGCAGGCGCCACCUGGGAAGCAGGCGUUGCGUCGGCUUACCGCUCCAUGGGCGAGGAGCUCCAAGAGGGCACCGCGAUCACAGACAGGCUGUCUUAUCUCAUCUCCGAGCCGGUUAAGAGGUCUGCUAGCUUUCUGCGUGCAGCGUCGGCGAUCCUGAACUCCAACGGGGAGAGGGCGGAUGUCCCGCCAGAGGUCGUCCACGAGCUGAUGACGGAAGGCGACCUCGAGCUUCUUCAGGAACCUGGGACCCGGAGUGUAACGGCAGCGGAGGUCCGAGCGUCGACGGGGAAGGUGAAAGAGCAGUGGAGGGCUGCUACUGAGAAAGAGUACGUUGAGAACUUCUUCAGCCGGAACGUCUUCACAGUCACCGCGGCUGAGGAGAGGCGACAGCACGGAGCUCCUCUUCCCAUGAAGUGCGUGUACACCAUGAAGGGGGGAGCCUGUAAG